CACUAUCGACUAGUACAUAUUGUUUUUGCUCAGAGUAGUUAAUACAACUGUUUUCCUUUACAUAUUUGCCCAUCAGGUUGUGCAAUUUUGUGUGUUCCUUUUUGGUGUUUGAUAAGUGCUGCGCAUUUGGUGAUUCGUUUUGGCAUUAUAUUUGCAAUUGUGCAAGAACUUGUGCAGUUCACAAUGCGAGCGCUGCGAAAAUCAAAAAAGUCGCAUUCGUGUGUGUGAAAAUUCAAUACAAAUUGCAAAAGCAAAAAAAAAGCUAAACAGCAAAAGUGAAAAAUGUGCUUGGUGGAGCAUGCGGAAAAUAAGCAUAAGCUCUCAUCCGCCAACAUACUAACAAAGCAACAAACCAAACAGCGUUCGUCUUCCACAACAUUUUGCUCCACACUCAACAAAAACAGCACCAGAGUCUACGAUAUAAACACGCAACAGCAACAACAACAACACGAAGAAGAACAACAACAACAACAUUCACAACAACAUCUGCACCAUCAUCAGAGCCCAGUCUGCGACAGCACACACACGCCCACAUUUAACGCGAAAUAUAGGCGAAAAUGUUUGCUGCUGCUCUCGCUACUGCUGUUCCAUGGCUGCUUCAGUGGCUUACAUAGCGCCAGCGCGUACAACUGCACCACGAAUCCUUGCCAGAACGAUGGUCAGUGCCUCGAUGGACAGUGCAUCUGUGCCGAUGGCUGGCAGGGUCCUGCCUGCCAGUUCUGUGGCGGCAAAGUACGCAUGUACCAUUCCAUGGGGACCAUACACGAUGGCUGGGGCAACUAUUCGGUGAGCGUCAAGUGCAGCUGGCUAAUUGAUGCACAUCAUCCGCAUUGGGGUCGACGCCACAACCCGAAUCCGUCGCGUCCCUCUAAUAUACGCAUAAAUCUCCGCGAGUUCGCCACGGAAUGCGGCUGGGAUCAUUUGUAUAUAUACGAUGGUGAUAGCGUCGAUUCGCCCCUACUUGCGGUCUUCAGUGGCCUCAUGUAUCGGGGCAACUUUUCCAUACGCCGAGUGCCGCAAGUCAUCGCGCGAUCGGGCACAGCUCUACUUCACUUCUUCAGCGAUGAUGCAUACAAUAUGUCCGGCUUCUAUCUGACAUACAAAGUGAACGGCUGUCCAACGGAUAACGAUGACGUGGAGUGCUCCGGGCACGGGACGUGCCAUGACGGCGACUGCCUGUGCGAUCCCAUGUACAGGGGGGAAGCCUGCAAUGUGGCCGCCUGUCCAAACAACUGCUCAGAGGCGCGGGGCCACGGCAUAUGCAGGAUAGAGCAGGAGCGCUGUGAAUGCAAUGAUGGCUAUGGCGGCGACGAUUGCAGUCAGCUGCGAGCGCACGGCGUUUGGAGCACGGUUCACCCGAAGCAUUCGCUGGCACCGGCGGGCAGUGCCUCGCAUGGCGCCGCCGUUUGGCGCGACACGCUGCACAUCAUUGGCGGCGAAUCGUACGGCCGGGGCGAGCUUAUGAGCACCUACGAUUUCAAUGGCAAUGUGUGGGAGACAAUGCAUGCGGAGAAUGGCACGGCGGUGCCCGAGAAGCGCUAUGGCGCCUCCACGGUCAUGUAUGGGGAUAAGAUAUUCAUGUAUGGCGGCGUCGUCAAAUCGCAGGGUAUUACGAAUGAGCUCUGGUCCUUCGAUGUGUCGGCCAAGAUGUGGGAGAACAUUACGGUGAAGACGGAGCCGUGCAACAGCUCGUACACGAUGUGCGGUCCGCUGCACGUGGCGGGCCAUACGGCGACGCUAGUGCCCGGCUAUGGGGACAAGAACAACUAUCAAUAUAUGGUGGUGAUAUUCGGGCAUUCGCCUCAGUACGGCUACCUCAACACGGUGCAGGAGUUUAACUUUGGCACGCGCGAAUGGAAGAUCCUGCAGACCUCCGGCUAUGUGGUUAAGGGCGGCUACGGCCAUAGCGCCGCCUACGAUUUGCUGACCGAGAAGCUGUACGUCUAUGGCGGCAUUGUGUCGGAGAGCGAUGCCAGCCAAGUGCUGAGCUCGCGCCUGUAUGCCUACGAGCCGUCGACGCGCAUCUGGACGCUGCUGUCGUCGGCGCCCAGUGCGCGGCUGCUGCACACGGCCAACUUCGUGAAUCCGGGCCUGAUGAUGGUCUUUGGCGGCAACACGCAUAACGACACCUCGCAGAGCUACGGCGCCAAGUGCUACAGCCAGGACCUGCUCAUCUACGACGUGUACUGCGACUCCUGGCAUAUGCAUUCAAUGCCCGCCCAUCUGCAGGCGGACCUGGCGCGCUUCGGCCACAGCUCGGUGGUGUUUGAGGACGCGCUGUAUAUCUAUGGCGGCUUCAACGGCCAGAUGCUGAACGAUAUGCUGCGCUACGAUGCCGGCCAGUGCAGCUUCUACACCAAGGAGGAGAAGUGUACGAGCGCCCGACCGGGCGUCAAGUGCAUUUGGGAUGUCCAGCUGAUGCGCUGCAUCAACAUAAUGCGGGUGCAGCGCUCGGCCAUUUACGAUUAUGUGGCGUGCCCGUCGAAGAGUCGCAUAACCAUGACCUCGGAGCACCUGCAUCACGUGCUGCGCUGCCAGGAGCUGAGCAGCUGCCACUCGUGCGUGUCGACCACCUUUGGCUGCACCUAUUGCGGGAACGGAGUGUGCAGCAAGGAGCGCUGCCGCGAGACCACGUCGGUGGCAUCGAUCUUCUUCGUCGACUCGUCAACCUCGACGCAGCACGGCCAGCAUGGACACCACCAGCCGGCGGUGACUGCGGCGCCGCCACUCAACGCCAAGCGCCUCGAGAGCUGCCCGCCGAGCGAGGACAAGCUGGUGCAAUCCAUAUGCGAGCAGCUGCACAGCUGCCGCGCCUGCAUGUCGAAUGCGGCCUGCAAAUGGGAUGCCGAGCAGAAUCGCUGUCGCAGUCACAUCUCCGCCUCGGGCGCGCCCUACAAUCGCAGCACGCACGACGACAACCUGUGCCGGCCGACGUGCGCGUCGCAGACGAAUUGCCACAACUGCACCGAGGACGAGUGCAUCUGGUGCCAGAACGAGCAGCGCUGCGUCGACCGCAAUGCGUAUACGGCCAGUUUUCCGUACGGCCAGUGCCGCGAGUGGACCACGUUUACGUCCAAGUGCCGUACGGCGCCAAUAACGGCGCUGAGUGCGGGCAGCACCACGGCGCUGUCCAGUGCCCAGUGCGGCUACUACAAUAGCUGCCAGCAGUGCUUGGAUGAUCCGGCGUGUGGAUGGUGUGACAACGGCUCCAACACCGGACUGGGCAAGUGCGUGGUUGGCGGCGCGUUGUCACCGUACGAUCAAACGGAAUGCGCAUUGAACCACUGGUUCUUUACGUCCUGUCCACGCUGCAAUUGCAACGGUCACUCAUCGUGCAAUGAUCAGGAGCACUGCGAGCAGCCGUGCAGCAAUCUGACGAUCGGUGCACACUGCGAGAAAUGCCGCACUGGCUACUGGGGCAACGCGAUCAAUGGCGGCGAGUGCCAGCGCUGCGAGUGCAACAACCAGGGUGACUACUGUCACCCGGACACGGGCAAGUGCUACUGCAACACCAAGGGCAUUGUGGGGGAUCAUUGCGAGAAGUGCGACUCGCAGAAUCACUAUAUAGGCGACCCGUUGCGCGGCUCCUGCUACUACGAGCUCACCAUCGACUAUCAGUUCACAUUCAACUUGUCCAAGAAGGAGGAUCGCCACUUCACCCAAAUCAAUUUCCGCAAUUCGCCGGCGAAGCCCGAAAUCGAUGCCGAUUUCACCAUUACGUGCAGCGUCCCAGCCAAGAUGGAUAUAUCGGUGAAGCGGGCCGGCAUGCCGGAGCGCCUCAUUUUGGUUGGCAUCAACUGCUCCACAUUCCGGCAUCGUUUCCCCAAGACCGAAUAUCAAUUUGGCCAGUCGAGCGACGACAACAGUUCGCUAACGACGUUCUAUGUCUUUGUGCAUGACUUUCAGCCGCCGAUCUGGAUCCAAAUUGCCUUCUCACAGUAUCCCAAGCUCAAUCUACAGCAAUUUUUCAUAACGUUCUCAUCCUGUUUUCUGCUGCUCCUGCUCAUGGCCGCCGUGCUGUGGAAGAUCAAGCAGAAGUACGAUAUGUUUCGCCGGCGCCAGCGUCUCUUUGUCGAAAUGGAGCAAAUGGCCAGUCGACCAUUCUCACAGGUUUUGGUUGACAUUGAGCCACGCGACACAAUCGACUUGAGCCUGACGCUGGAGGGCAUUGCCAACAUGUCGAAGAAACGCAAGAAGGAGUGUCCCAGUCCAAUUGCCUUGGAGCCCUGCAAUGGCAAUCGAGCCGCAGUGCUCUCGCUUCUAGUCCGGCUGCCCACGGGUGGCCUACCGCAAGCACCUGCCGGUCAGUCGGCCGGGCUGGCCGUGGCGAGCGCUUUAGUCACGCUUGGGAAUCCGCGUCGUCCCUCCAUCGAGCAGCAUCCCAAGGAGCCAAAAGCGAAGCGCAAGCAGAGCCAGCAUCCAGAUAGUUGUACAUAAUGAAAUACAUAGAAACACAUGAUGAUUAUGAUAUAGUGUGUACGAUUAGAUAAUAGAUUACUAGCAUAUAUGCUUCAGAUUAUCUUUAUCUAAUACACAUACACAGACACACACACACAUACGUCAACACACACGCCGCUAGCAAGUUGAUAAUCCGCAGUUAUUACUACUUUAAUGCAAUUAGUCUAAUACCCUAAAAAUACGAGCGAUACGAGAGUAUGAUGCAAAUAAUAUUAAUACCUAUAAUAUUAAAUAUAAUUAAUUGAUUAUUAAUGAUAACAUUAAUUAAUACUAUAAUAAUAUAAACAAGAAAUAAUUUUUAGCAAAAGGACAUAUUUAUAUACGGAGUUAUAUAUACAAUUUGAUAUAGUUGAUAGGUCGUGCGUAGCGUUGCAAAAUAGUUGUAAAUGUUUUAUUAUUUAUUAUUUAUACAGCAGACGAAACAUAUGUAAAAUCCAAUACAAUUUAUAUAUAUAUAUAUAUACAGAUAUAUAUAUAAUUAUAUGCAGAUAUAUAUAUAGCUUAAGCGUGUUGUUAGAAUUUAUUUAAGCAAUUGAUUAUGUUUUCUCUUCACUUUUCUUAAAUUAACACGUUUUUUUUUUUUUUUUUUUUUUUUUGCUAGUUACAACAAAAAGACAUUUAAAAUCAUUUUUAGCAAAAAAAAGAAGAAGAAGAACAAGUGAUCUUUAUAACAGAUAGUUGAGAACAAACAAACAAAAAAUCAUAAAUCUG